AUGGUGCCUAGUGAUAAGUAAUUUAUUUUUCAAUUGUAGUUAAUUGGAACGUUAUGAAAUGGAGGAUGAUAAAUUGUCAGCAAAGGCAACUUCAAAAAAAAUACAGAAUAGAAAAAUAUGGUCCUAAAAGGAAGACAAGCUGCUGGAAAGAGCAAUUCAUGAACUUGGAACUAAUUGGAAGGAAGUGGCAAAACAUUUAUAUAAUAGAAAUCCUUCUUAAUGCGCAUAAAGAUGGAAGAGAAUUAAGCCUGUCUCAGUAUGUUUAAUUUUAAAUAAGCUCAGUAACGCUCUCGACAUUCUUGGAGUGCAAUAGAAGAUUAAUAACUGUUAGAAUUGGUUAAAAUACAUAAAAGGAAUUGGGGAAUGAUAGCUAGCAUAAUGCAUUGGAGGACUGGAAAGUAAAUUCGAGAACGAUUCAUCAACAAAUUAAACCCAGAAAUAAGGGCUGAACCAUGGUCAAAGGAAGAAGAUCUGAUUGUCAUGGAAGCCUAUUAAAAGUACGGAUCAAGGUGGACGGAAAUAUCCAAGUUAUUAAAAGGGAGACCUGUAUAAUUUAUAACUAAAUUUUUUUAGGAAAAUAUGAUAAAAAAUAGAUUUUAUUCCUUCAUCAGAAAAGAGUAUAUGAAUAUCUAAAAUCCUUAUUACGUUAUACCUAAUUCAUAACAAAAAACUGAUGUGGAAUAAUUAAAAUCAAACUAAUAAUCAAAUGAAAUUCUAAAGCAAGAAUAAAAUAAGAGUAGUUAAUCUUGCCAAAACAGUAUUGUAAAAAAGAAGAAACAUUCUAAAAUCUUAAAAAAGAAAUCUAAAAAAUUAAACGCUAUUAAAAAAGAAAAGGAGUAAGAAAACAAUAAAUUUAAUAAUAUAAAUGAAAAAAAUGAGGAAGUUUGGAAUGGAAUAGCUUCAGCUGAAAGUUCAGAAGUCUAGGUUAAAGAGGAAGAUGAAAACUAAUUUUAACCAAAUAAAACUGCAUAAAGUGUCUUAAGUUAAAGUUAAAACAACAAUUUUAAUUAGAUGGCUAACAUAUAGAAUUCAUAAUUUUUAAGUGAACCAUUUAGAUCAUUAUGUAAUUCUUCAGUUUUUCAGAAUUAACCUUCGCAUUAGUAACAGUAUUAGUAAUAAUGUAAUUAUUUAUAUGAAUGUAGACUUUGCCGCUAUGUGUAAAUAUUAUGAGGGUAUAACCAAUAUAAUGAUAAGUUAAAGUCUUUCAUAAUCAUAAAAACUCAAAGAAAGCUUUCCAAUUAUAUCGAAUGCUUCUAGUUAGGAAACUCACAUGUCUACAGGGUUGUAACUCUCACUAUCACACAUGAAUUAUCUCCCAUUUCCUUGUAAUUUUAGACAAGAGUCUUUUCCUCAUUCAAUGAACAAUUCAUAAAUUUGA